CAAAAGGGGAGAAACUUCCCCUCGCCCUACAACGGCAGCAGCAACGACAACGGCUGCGAUAGCGGCAGCAGCGACAACGGCAGCAACGACAGCGGCGGCGGCGAUAGCGGCGGCAGCGACGGUAGCGACAGUGACGGCAGCGGCAGCGGUAGCGGCGGCGGCAGAGACAGCGGGGGCAGCAGCAGCGACAGCGGCAGAAGCAGUACCAACAGAAAAAGCCGUCGGCAAAUGCAAAUUUCGAAAUUAAAUUUACAAACGAACAUUUUAAAUAUAAAUUUAACUCACAUAAACAUGGACCUUUCAUUGACGCACGAGUCUGCAAACAUGCAAGCCCAAUUUGCAUCUUUUCAAAAUUAUGAACAAUUUUCGGCAUCAGGAUAUUCAAGCACUCCUGUAUAUAUAACAAAGCCCCCAGGAAUAGGUGCAAUAACAAAAGUUGCGCCUCACUGUUCGGUUCUCAGCACUCAAAAUAAGAUUGAGACAACAUCUACAGACAAUUCUAUUCCAGACAUUGAAAAUCAUCCAUUAGCUCCCACAGUGAGAUAUGUACAAGCUGGUCAGUUUGAGGAUACACCCGAAUAUGGUGUAGCUGGUCUACCUUGUGGUAUAGACUCUGAGUACACAGCGGACGCUGUCGUACCUUACUGCUAUACGUCGGAUGCAAACUAUACAGGAAUUCAAAACCCAACUUCAAAUAUUAAACCAUUUUCUGGAAGGCCUUUUAAUGAUAACCUAAAUGCAUCAGAAGCUGGCGCAAAUUCCCAAUGCCGAACGUUUAAAAGUUCAGCUGAAUUUAAAUUACCCCAAUUCGCCAUGAGCUCUAUAAAUACUGUGCCGCAAAGUUUGGGAGAAAAGGAUGACUACAUUGGAGGAUCAGAAAAUGAUAUUUGUUCUACAAUGAGGUGGCGGGAUCCAAAUCUUUCGGAAGUUAUAAGCUUCUUGAGCAACCCGAACAGUGCUAUAAAGGCUAAUGCCGCAGCCUAUUUACAACAUUUGUGCUACAUGGAUGAUCCAAACAAGCAACGUACAAGAUCCCUGGGAGGAAUACCGCCAUUAGUUCGUCUGUUAUCUUAUGAUUCUCCAGAAAUACAUAAGAAUGCCUGCGGAGCUUUACGAAAUUUAUCUUACGGAAGACAAAAUGAUGAAAACAAACGUGGAAUAAAGAACGCGGGUGGAAUAGCAGCUUUGGUUCAUCUUCUAUGUCGGUCUCAAGAAACAGAAGUAAAAGAAUUGGUGACUGGAGUAUUGUGGAAUAUGUCCUCCUGUGAAGACUUGAAACGGUCAAUUAUUGAUGAAGCGCUUGUUGCUGUAGUUUGCAGCGUUAUUAAGCCUCAUUCUGGUUGGGAUGCAGUGUGUUGUGGAGAAACAUGCUUUUCUACAGUAUUUCGAAACGCUUCUGGAGUUUUACGAAAUGUUAGUUCUGCUGGAGAACAUGCAAGAGGAUGUCUUCGUAAUUGCGAACACUUGGUUGAAUGCCUUCUUUAUGUUGUGCGAACAUCAAUUGAGAAAAAUAAUAUUGGAAAUAAAACUGUAGAAAAUUGCGUAUGUAUACUUCGAAAUCUUUCAUACCGAUGUCAAGAAGUGGAUGAUCCCAAUUACGACAAACAUCCUUUUAUAACACCAGAAAGAGUAAUUCCAACCUCAUCCAAAGGAGACAAUUUGGGCUGUUUUGGAACAAAUAAAAAAAAAAAAGAAGCUAAUAAUUCCGAUACUCUCAACGAAUAUAAUAUUUCGGCUGAAUAUUCUAAAAGUUUUGUAACAUAUAACAAAUUAAACAAGGGAUACGAGCAAUUAUGGCAACCUGAAGUAGUUCAAUACUAUUUGUCAUUGUUGCAAAGUUGUUCUAAUCCGGAAACACUUGAAGCCGCUGCUGGAGCAAUUCAAAAUUUGUCUGCAUGUUAUUGGCAACCUAGUAUUGAUAUUCGCGCAACAGUGCGUAAGGAAAAAGGUCUACCGAUACUUGUUGAGCUUCUAAGAAUGGAAGUGGAUCGCGUAGUUUGUGCAGUCGCUACAGCACUACGCAAUUUGGCUAUAGAUCAACGCAACAAAGAACUAAUUGGAAAGUACGCAAUGCGUGACUUAGUCCAAAAACUUCCAUCUGGAAAUGUACAACAUGACCAAAAUACAUCAGAUGAUACAAUCACAGCUGUAUUAGCAACAAUUAAUGAGGUUAUAAAAAAAAAUCCGGAGUUUUCCCGUUCCUUGUUGGAUUCAGGUGGGAUAGAUAGACUUAUGAACAUAACAAAACGGAAAGAAAAAUAUACCUCUUGUGUGUUGAAAUUUGCAAGUCAAGUUUUAUACACCAUGUGGCAACAUAAUGAUUUGCGAGACGUUUAUAAAAAAAAUGGAUGGAAAGAGCAAGAUUUUGUUAGUAAACAUUAUACUGCACAUAAUACUCCACCAAGUUCACCAAAUAACGUAAACAAUACACUAAAUAGACCGAUGGCUUCACAGGGACGUACUCGCUAUGAGGACAGAACCAUUCAGCGUGGAACAAGCACAUUAUAUAGUGCUAACGAUUCCAGCGGUGCCGUUAUGUCUAGUAAUGAAUCUGCAAUGCUUUCAGACAUGGUUAGAAAACAACUAUAAAAUUGGUUGUAUUUUCAUUAUUAAAGUAAUUAAAAAUACAUAAAUAAAUUCAAAGUUUAAAUUAUAUUUACUUAUAUUCCUUUAGCAAAAGUGUUUUUGCUGUAUUUACUCAACUUAAUUGUAAAAUAUCAUAUUAAAUACAUAUUUAGAACACUA